CUAGAAUCGUCCCACGAUCCCCUCGCCCCCCGCGUGCACUACGUACAAGCAUAAUCCCGCGAUUUCGACCCUUUCGUCUCGUCGAAUCUUACCUUGGUUAAACCGCUGGUCACGGGAGCAUAUCGUUACGGAAUUCUAUCGUAUUUAAGAGAAGAGCAGGCCGUUGAUUACGACGAGAUAAAAAAGGAAAACCUCCGGAAUACCCCCACCGGCCACAUUUAAAGUACCCUCGUCAAUUGAGCGAGUGUCCUGUCAUUUAAGACUCCGUACCGCUUUUAGUUGUACUCCUUUCUCCUUGACCCCUUUUUAUUUCCCACAACGCCUGCGAAUUGCUAUUACCAACUCGCCAUGGCCGAUUUACUGACUCCGGGUUUUGCGAAAGCCCGACGUGAUGCCAGAGACGGGCUUCGCGCAAGUGACGAUUGGGGCGUCUACGAUGACGCGAGAACAUAUUACACCUCCGAAGCUCGGCAUGGUGAUCGAUCACACAAGCGCAAUCGCACAUAUUCUCAAAAUGGCAUCAUCCAGGAGAUUGAGCGUAUGGGACUGCACGAACCACAUAGACGAGGCAGUCAUGAUGAAGCAAGCAAACCACACUCCCGCCAAUUCCUCGUCGAUGUCGACCAUACCCUAGAAAGUUUACAGGCGCAAGAAGAUACAGAUGGCAACAAGCAAAUUACGAUCGAGGACGCUGGUCCGAAGGUCAUGUCUCUUCGAACUGCUGCAUCCGGUGGCCACAAUCGAUUUGAUAUCCGGGGCACAUAUAUGCUUUCGAAUCUCUUGCAAGAAUUGUACAUGGCAAAAGAGUUUGGGCGAAAGCGGAUCAUUCUUGAUAUCGGGCGUCUUAACGAGAACCCAGUCAGCAGACUGUCGAGGCUUAUCAAGAAUCAAUUCUGGGAGGGGUUAACCCGUCGUAUCGACGCUUCAAGCAUCGAAAUUGCAGCAAAAGAUCCUAAGGAUUGGACGGACGAUCCGCGACCUCGCAUCUAUGUCCCGCCAGGGGCCCCAGAGCAAUAUGAGUAUUAUCAAAAACUCGCUGCUGAGCGACCGGAGAUGCGACUGGACGUCCUAUAUCUCCCUGAGAAGAUUACCCCCGAAGUACUCCGGGACAUGAACGAUAAGCCCGGCCUUCUAGCUGUUGCUAUGGAGGAGGUUAAUGAUCCUAAAACCGGAGAGAAAACAUUACGCGGGCUUCCGUUCGUCGUCCCAGGGGGGAGAUUCAACGAACUAUAUGGGUGGGAUAGCUAUAUGGAAUCCCUCGGGCUUUUAGUCAAUGAUAAGGUGUACCUAGCGAAGUCGAUGGUACAGAACUUCUGCUUCUGUAUUAAACACUACGGCAAAAUCCUCAACGCGACUAGAUCAUACUACCUACUACGAUCACAGCCACCUUUCUUGACAGAUAUGGCCCUUCGGGUCUACGAAAAAAUUCAGCACGAACCUAGCGCGGUUGAUUUUCUUCGGACGGCGUUCCUUGCCGCAAUCAAGGAGUACUACUGUGUAUGGACGGCGGAACCGCGUUUAGAUCCAAAGACUGGUUUAUCGAGAUACCGGCCGGAAGGGUUAGGCGUGCCACCGGAGACGGAGGCUUCCCACUUUGUUCAUAUCCUUGAGCCUUAUGCCAAGAAACAUAACAUGACUUUCGAACAAUUCGUGAGAGCUUAUAACCACCAAGAGGUUCACGAGCCUGAAUUAGACGAGUAUUUCCUUCACGACAGAGCAGUACGAGAGUCGGGUCACGAUACCUCGUACAGACUUGAAAAGGUCUGCGCUAACCUCGCGACCAUCGAUCUUAACUCGUUGCUAUACAAGUACGAGAUGGACAUCGCCCGCACCAUCCGGAACGUCUUUGGCGAUAAGCUAGAAAUUCCGGCCGAAUGGUGUGCUGGCGACAUGGUGCCCGGCCAGAUUGAGACGUCGGCCACGUGGGACCGUCGCUGGAAGAGACGACGUGCGGCUAUCCAUAAGUACUGCUGGAACGAGGAGAAAGGUAUGUACUUCGACUACAACACGGAGAAGCAGGAGCAAUGUACCUACGAGUCGUGCACGACGUUCUGGCCUCUCUGGGCAGGCGUUCCCGAUCCCGAGCGUGCGGCCAAGGUGGUUAAGUGUGCCGUGCCCAAAUUUGAAGCCUAUGGUGGUCUCCUGUCCGGAACGGAAGAGUCCCGCGGUGCAGUUAGCCUCGAGCGUCCGAAUCGGCAAUGGGAUUAUCCUUACGGCUGGGCACCCCAGCAGAUGCUGGCUUGGACGGGACUGUACCGCUACGGUUACGCGGACCUCGCACAAAAGCUAGCAUACAAGUGGCUAUUUAUGGUUACCAAGGCGUUUUUUGACUUCAACGGCGUUGUCGUGGAGAAGUACGACGUCACGAGGCCGGUCGAUCCGCACCGCGUGGAUGCCGAAUACGGAAAUCAGGGGCUCGAUUUCAAGGGUGUCGCCAAAGAAGGGUUCGGCUGGGUCAACGCCAGCUAUGUAUACGGCUUACAGUUCAUUAAUACAGAAAUGAAGAGAGCGCUAGGCACGCUUACACCCUACGAGACGUACGAGAGGGCUCAGCAGAUUAAAGAGGAGAAGCUGCUCCAAGAGUUAGCAUGAAAUAUAACCGUUACGCGAAACGAAAAUAGGUGAUGGCGGUGCCAAUUUCUUUCGUUCGGCACUUGAGCAUUGCAUCAGCAUCUUUAAUACUCGGUCGAUAAUAUUGUCAACGUACCAGUCGCGGACAGGCAUGCAUCUUGUUUUUGCAUUGGUUGGGCUGGGUUAGAGGAAGACAGGUUGCAUUACGCAUGCUGAUCUGACGUUAGU